CUUAUUUUGAAAGCUGACCCUAUCUGAUUAACGAAUUGCUCACGGACGGAGACAUCAUGUCGCAACUCUUUGAGCCAUUGGCCGUUGGCUCAACUUCUCUGGAGCACCGAGUCGUUAUGGCGCCUCUGACCAGAUACCGCUGCGACGACGAUCAUUGCCCAACUUCAAUGACACGAGAAUACUACGAACAACGGGCAUCAACACCUGGCACUCUCAUCAUCAGCGAAGCAACCUUCAUAUGCGAAAGCACAGCGGGUUCCGACAAUGCACCUGGAAUCUGGUCCGAUGCUCAAAUCACAGCGUGGCGGAGUAUAACCGAUGCAAUUCACGCAAAGGGCUGUAAAGUCUUUUGCCAACUCUGGCAUCAGGGACGGGCUGGCAACCCUGAUGUUCUUCAGCGGAAGGGCUAUCCUCUUCUUUCCAGUAGUGCUGUUCCAGCUGACCCAUCGAUGGCAACUCCUCAAGAAAUGACAGAGGAUGAUAUCCAGACUACAAUAAAGGACUAUGUUUCUGCUGCGAGAAAUGCCAUUGCAGCGGGUUUCGACGGCGUUGAGAUCCACGGUGCGAAUGGGUAUCUACCUGAUCAGUUCUUACAAGACACUUGCAACAAGCGCACAGAUCGUUGGGGAGGAAGUAUUGAGAACCGCGCUAGAUUCCACAUUGAAGUCACCAAAGCCAUUACCGCAGCCAUCGGAGCCGAUAAGAUUGGAAUGCGUCUCAGUCCCUACAGCGAUUUUCUAGGCAUGCUCAUGGACGACCCAGAUCCUCAGUUUCACUACCUUAUCGAGCAGCUCAAACCACUUGGUCUAGCAUACCUUCAUCUCAUCGAAGCAAGAAUUCGCGGUAACGACGAUGCUGAUUGUGGUGGUCAACGGACAGUUAAGUGGAUUGUUGAGUUGUGGAACAACACAAGUCCUGUGAUCUUGUCGGGUGGCUUCAAGAGUGAUUCAGCUAAGACUGCCGUGGAUGAGAUGUACAAGGGGUAUUAUGUUCUGAUUGCUUUUGGGAGAUAUUUUGUCGCGAAUCCGGACCUUGUGUUUCGUUUGAAGACGGGUGUUGGGUUGGAGGGGUAUGAUAGGACGUACUUUUAUACUCCCAAGAUAGCGAGGGGGUAUACUGACUAUGCGUUUAGUCAGGAGUUCCUGAGUAGGAAAACAGCAAAGGUGUAA